AUCUUGGAUCAUCAUUAUGUGGAUGACUUUGUGGAUAGCUUUCCUAACCCUGCAAGGUCCAUUGAAAUUGCGCAACAAGUACGCAACAUCCAUAAAGUUCCACAAUGUGAAUGAUGGUGUUAUGGAAGGUGUAAAGUCUCCAACUAAAAGAGAGCUGUUGAGUGUGGUUAUGUCCGUUUUCGACACACUUGGGUUUUUGAGCCACUUUAUGAUAACGGCAAAAUUGAUGAUGCGAGAAGUUUGGAGACACAGCAUUGGAUGGGAUGAAGCACUGCCCGGUGAAAUUGUUGAUGUGUGGAAUAAUUGGCGCCAAGGUCUUCAAAAUGUUGAAAAGGUCAAAGUACCUCGGUGUUAUUUUGGAAAUGGUGUUCCUUACCGCCUGGAACUACAUGUUUUUGUAGACGCCAGUGAAGACGCAUUUGGAGCUAUGUCAUACUGGAGGUCAAUAAAUGCCCAUAAUAAAAUUGAAGUGUCUCUUGUGGCUGCCAAAUCUAGAUGUGCCCCUUUGAAAAUUAUGAGUAUUCCUCGGCUCGAACUACAGGCUGCUGUUUUGGGCACUCGGUUAUUGGUUACAAUUUUGAAGGAACAUUCCGUUAAGGUAUCAAGAAUUAUUUGUUGGAGUGAUUCUACAACUGUAAUAAAUUGGAUUGGCUCAGAAAGUCGCCGUUACAAACCUUUUGUUGCCCACAGAAUUACGGAAAUUCUUGAAUCUACUAGCCCUGCAGAUUGGAGAUGGCUACCAACAAAUCUAAAUGUUGCGGAUGAAACUACAAGAAGGAAAAGCCAAGUUGAUUUUUCUGAUGAUUCUCGCUGGUUGAAUGGUCCUAAAUUUCUUUAUGAUUCUGAAGAUAAUUGGCCCCAAAAGGAAAACGUAGCCCCAAACGAACAAGAUUCGGAAGAACUUCGUCCAAAAUUUGCUCUACUGAUUCCGUCGUACAUUGCCGGUGCCACCAUUUAUGGGUUCUUUGCCAAAGGACAGAUUGACUCGAUAUAUUCGUCCCUUUUCCUACACUGGUUUGGAUUACUUUGGCCCUCUGACUAUUACGAUUGGUCGUCGUCAUGAAAAACGCUCUGUGGCUUUAUUUACUUGCCUAGCCAUCAGAACCAUCCAUUUAGAAGUCGCUUUCGAUUUGUCCACAGAUGCGUGUAUUCUUGCCAUACGCAACUUUAUAAAUAGACGUGGCCUUCCUACAAGACUCAGGAGCGACAAUGGAAAAAAUUUUGUUGGUGCCGACCAAGUUGCCAAGCGGUUCAGUGACGUAUUUGAUGUGGCUCGUAUUCAAGAUGAAUGCUCUACGAAGGAUAUAGACUGGCAGUUCAAUUGUCCCCAUAAUCCUGCGGAAGGUAGUAUAUGGGAAAGUAUGGUCCUGUGCGUCAAACGUGUCUUGCAGUCAACUUUAAAAGAAUCGGCCCCCCAAGAACAUGCGUUGCAAAGUUUCCUUAUUGAAGCGGAAAAUAUUGUGAAUUCUCGUCCCAUAACGCACUUGCCCCUGAGCCAUGAAGAUGAGGAACCACUAACGCCUAAUCAUUUUUUGCUCGGUUGCCCUAAUACAUCGCAAACUCCUGCCGGAGAAAUAAAUGAUCAACCAGUUGCCCUAAGAAAGCAGUGGCGCAUAUCCCGUCAAUUGCGUGACCACUUCUGGAAGCGGUGGAUUAAAGAAUAUUUGCCCACAUUGACUAGACGUUCUAAAUGAUGUGAACGUACAAAGCCCAUUGCUGUUGGUGAUUUGGUUCUAAUUUGUGAUCCAACUGUGUCCCGCAGAGAUUGGAAGCGCGGUAGAGUUGAAGAGGUGUUCAAAGGGAGAGAUGGUAUUAUUCGACGUGCUGAUGUUCGCACAAAUACUGUUGUAUUAAGACGCCCUGUUUCCAAGCUGGCCAUACUCGAUUUGCAGUAGUGAAUCGUAGCCGAUCCACGGGGGUGGGGAUGUCGCCUAAUGGCUCAUAGAGGAGCGAAUUUUAUUUAUUAGUUUUAUUUGAUUUAUUUGUUUUAUUUUUUUCUUUUAUAUGUCCCUUUAAAUUUGUUUUAUUUCUUUAAUUUGAUUUAUAUUUAUUGAGCCACCUUAAUGUUGUUUAUAAUUGUAUGAUCAUUGUUGUUAAUAUUCGUUCAUAUGACCUUUAGGAUUUUUUAUAUUGUUCUUUUUAUUCCCUUUUGUUCUUAUUUGUUUACGAACUCAACGCACUUUGUCCCUAAAUUCUACUGCAGUAUUUUCGUUGAGUUUUUUGUUUGUUUGGAAUGUAACAGUUAGUAAAUGUACAUAACAGAAAGAAAUUUGUAGGCUCAGUAUUUACUGGCAUUAAUAUUAAAGUUUAGUUUGUUGGGGACAAAGACUGCG